CAGGAAAGUGACAGACGGUGGGGCUGCGCAGGAGUGACACCCAGGGGUCCGGUACACGGAAUUCAUCAUGCUUGUUCCCAUAUUUACAUUAAAGUUGAAUCACAAAAUCAACCCCCGCAUGGUAUCUGUGGGGAAAUAUGAUGGAAUACACCCGUGUCUUACAGCAGCCACCCAAGCUGGAAAGGUUUUUAUCCAUAACCCUCACACUCGGGGCCAACGGGUUUCCGCAAACCGCCUGGUACAGAGUUCUCACGACUCGGACAUCUCUCUCCUGAACAUUAAUCAGAGUGUCAGCUGCCUGACAGCCGGACCGCUGGACCCACAGCUGGGCUGUGACUCGCUGAUAGUGGGAACCCAGACCAACCUUUUAGCCUAUGAUGUGCACAACAACUCUGAUUUAUUCUAUAAAGAGAUUGCAGAUGGCGCUAAUGCAGUUGUGCUGGGGAAGCUGGGAGAUAUUUCUUCUCCUCUUGCUCUCAUCGGAGGAAACUGUGCCUUGCAAGGUUUUGACCGCAGUGGAAGUGACAUGUUUUGGACGGUUACUGGAGAUAACGUACGUUCUCUAGCGCUGUGUGACUUUGAUGGUGAUGGAAAGAAAGAGCUUCUUGUAGGAUCUGAAGACUUUGACAUCAGAGUUUUUAAGGAAGAUGAAAUAGUAGCAGAGAUGACAGAGACUGAGACUAUUACAUCUCUGUGCCCUAUGUACGGCAGUCGCUUUGGGUAUGCGCUUUCCAAUGGUACUGUUGGGGUGUAUGACCGGACAUCUCGGUACUGGAGGAUAAAGUCUAAAAACCUUGCAAUGAGUAUCCAUGCUUUUGAUCUCAACUCUGAUGGUGUAUGUGAGUUGAUCACUGGAUGGUCCAACGGGAAGAUCGAUGCUCGUAGUGACCGAACUGGAGAGGUGAUCUUUAAGGAUAACUUCUCCUCCUCAGUAGCUGGGGUGGUUGAAGGAGAUUACCGUAUGGAUGGAAAGAUGCAGCUUAUCUGUUGCUCCAUUGAUGGAGAAGUUCGGGGCUAUCUCCCUUCAAGCCAAGAGGCUGCAGGGAGUCUUUUGGACACAAGUGUUGAACAAGAACUAGUUCGGGAGCUGAGCCAGAAAAAGCAGAAUUUGUUGCUGGAACUGAAGAACUAUCAAGAGAAUACAAAGGCAGAGUCACGGGUCCAAGCGAGCGAACCUGAUGGUCAGAUGGGGGUUAUUCCAGCAAAUACACAGCUACAGACUGCUCUGUCUGUGAGUCUGGGCACUGACACGCGGGCUGCGCAUGUGGAACUGAGCAUCUCAACAUCUAAUGAUACCAUCAUUCGUGCUGUCCUAAUCUUUGCCGAAGGAAUCUUUGAAGGAGAAAGCCAUGUUGUACAUCCCAGCGCUCAGCAUCUAACAGGGCGCAUUCGGGUUCCUAUUUGUCCUCCCAAGGAUGUGCCUGUGGACCUGCACAUCAAAGCAUUUGUGGGAUAUAGGAGCAGUGUACAGUUUCAUGUUUUUGAAUUGACACGGCAGUUGCCUCGCUUCUCCAUGUAUGUGCUGAGUAACUCAGCUUCUGCACCAGAGCCAACCAGCCAUGUGAACUUCACCAUUAGUGAACGAGUUCAGAGGGUGGUUCUUUGGCUGAAUCAGAACUUCUUAUUGCCUGAAGACACUGAGAUGCAGAGCAUGCCAUUCCAGAUCAGCUUCACGUCGCUUCGUGAUGGAGGAACACUUCUAAUAAGAAUGAAAUCCAAUGGAGAGAUUUCAGUGCAGACAGAUGACAUGGAUCUAGCAGGUGACAUCAUCCAAUCUUUGGCUUCAUUCCUAGCCAUAGAAGACUUAAACGUGGAAGCCGAUUUCCCCAAAUACUUCGAUCAUCUUCGAAAUGUGCUGGUGCAGGUGGAUGAGUCUCACUCUGUGCACCAGAAGCUUACCGCAGACAUGGCUGAACAGUCUAGCGUGGUCCGCAGCAUGCUAGUGCAGGCCGAAGAUUCGCGUCUAAUGAGGGACAUAAAGAAUAUGAGAAAACGGUACACAGAACUCUACGACCUCAACCGAGAUCUCAUAAAUCGCUACAAGAUUCGUUGUAAUAAUCACACUGAGCUAAUAAAUAAUCUGAAAUGCGUGAAUCAGGCAAUUCAGCGUGCGGGCCGUCUGCGGGUUGGGAAACCCAAAGUUCAAGUGAUUGCCGCCUGCAGAGAUGCCAUUCGGAACAACAACAUCAAUGCCUUGUUUAGGAUCAUGCGUGUGGGAGCCACCCCUUCCUAGGACAUCCCUUC